AUGCUCAUCUACAAGGAUAUUUUCACCGACGACGAGCUCUCUUCUGACUCAUUCCCAAUGAAGUUGGUCGAUGACCUUAUCUACGAGUUCAAGGGAAGACACGUUGUCCGCAAGGAGGGAGACAUCAUCUUGGCCGGAUCCAACCCAUCUGCUGAAGAGGGAGCUGAAGAUGAGGGAUCCGAUGAGCAUGUUGAGCGCGGAAUCGAUAUCGUCCUCAAUCACAAGCUCGUCGAGAUGAACUGCUAUGAGGAUGCCUCUAUGUUCAAGGCCUACAUCAAGAAGUUCAUGAAGAACAUCAUCGACCACAUGGAGAAGAACAACCGUGAUAAGGCUGACGUUGAUGCUUUCAAGAAGAAGAUCCAAGCUUGGGUUGUCAGUCUUCUUGCCAAGGACCGCUUCAAGAAUCUUGCUUUCUUCAUUGGAGAGAGAGCCGCCGAAGGAGCUGAGAACGGACAAGUUGCCAUCAUCGAGUACAGAGAUGUCGACGGAACUGAAGUUCCAACCCUCAUGCUGGUCAAGGAGGCAAUCCUCGAGGAGAAGUGCUAA